UGUUCGGUAUCCUUUUUUUUUAGUUGCGAUGAUUGUUUAGCUGAGUUUCUUAUUGCUUAUCUAUAUAUUAUGUAUCAAAUCUCCUUGUUUGAUCUAUGAUCAUCUUUCUAGGGUUUUGCUCGAUUUCCCGGAUUCGGGUGGGAAAUCAUCAUCUGAUCGAUUAUCGCGGCUGGACAUGGAGAAACAGAGUGAGCAGGGUACGUUAUAGUCUCAUUCAAAGUAGGACAAUGGAAUAUAGUCUAACCUGAAGAAUUGUUAGGAGGUUGGUCCCUGUGGAAUUGCGCACGGAUUGUUGGGGAUCAAUCAGCUCAAAUGUGGAAGGAAUGGAAGAGAAAGAGAUAAACAGUAACGUCGGUGAGAGUGGGAGAUAAAGAAACUUUUUGUAUCUUGUGGAUGAUGAGUGAGUCUGACACUCAAUAAUCAAUCAGUACAACGUGUGUAGUCAUGGGUAAGAGUAAUAAGAAUUAUAAUUGCUA